AGAAAAUGGUUAUGCAUAUGCAUAUAAAUUUCCAAUCUGUAAUCCAGCAGAAUCAGAUGUGAUCGAGUUCGAGUACGCAGAGCAUAACUACGUUUUGCUGUUGCAUGUGUUGCGUCUGAUGUAAAUAUGACAUCGGUGGAUUCGGGAGUGGAAACCGGGAACGAGUCGAACGAUAGUUCGAUCGUUCAACAUGACGGCCAGAAAGAAUCGCCCUUUACCCUCGCCGGUCCUGCCGCUGGUAAGAUUAAAAGGACGGCUUUACACCCAUCUCUGUUAUAUGCACGUGUGAGGAGCAGUAUGAACGACGAUUUUAAACCUCAUCCAGAUCAUAAGCCUAUCGGCAUAGGUUACACACCGUACUGCUCAUUCAACCCAGCAUUGUGUUCUUUCAUGGGAGAUUAUAACUUCGAACAGGAAAGUCGUGUUCCGUUGGUGACCCCGUUGGAAAACCGAUUACCAUCCGACUCAAAAUUAUAUCGCUUAGAUCGGUUAAUAAAAAUAGAUGCUCGAUCCAAAUUCAAAGAAGCGAUUGAAAGUGAACCAAAAUCUACAAGGUUAUUGUGGAAUGAUAGAGCUGCUUGUCGCAAGUUGAGACAACGUAGGAAUGAUGACUUGACGUAUGUGCGAAAGAUACUGCAUGAACGAAAGAUGCGUGUGGCAGCUGCCACAAAUAACAUUGACCUAGUGAGGACACUCUUGAACAAUGAUGUGUCGCCCAACAACCAUGACUCACAAGGUCGUACUCCACUUCAUCAUGCAGCUUGCAGGGGUUAUACAGAAAUGGUACAGUUGUUAUUGAAAUAUGGUGCAGACCCAAAUCAACGUGACGGCGUAGGUAACACUCCGUUACAUCUAGCCGCGGUUACCAGCAAGUUGACAGUAGUGACGCUGCUUUUGUCAGCCGGCACCGAUGUCAGCUUGAUAGACAGACACGGCUACAAUCCGCUACAUUUGGCGCAGGCAAAAUUAAAGAUGUUGUUGAAUUGCCACCACAAAAAUCUGACGGAGGUCAAGAAGGAAAUGCGCAGUAUAGUCCAAAUGCUGAUGGCAUACUUUCUCAAGCAUAAAAAUUUCAGCGAUAUGGAAUCACUGAGCGACUUCUGCUCGCGUCUCUCUUUAUCCAACACUACGGAUCAGGUGCAGGAUGAUGUGAAAGAUUUAUUGGCCAACAUAGAAACUCUUCAUAUAACGAGUUAAUUGUCUUUGGAUAUAGCAUAUUCGCUGCUAUAAUAUACUAUACACACGAUUCGUAGAUGUUGUGGCGUCCUAAAGUUUUUCCAUGAGAACAUGCAGCUAUUUCCGAAAAAUUAUACGCGCACGUUUAUCACGUGUAUGUGUGUGUGUUGAUGUAUGCGCUUCUACGUGUCUUGCGUAUUGUAACUCUUUCGGAAAAAUUAAUCGGUAAUUGGUUGAUAAUUAGUUGUUACUCUGCAAUGAACAAUUCGUCUUAUUACUUAUUGUAACCAAGAAUCUUGUUGGGAGUCGUUCAAAUCGUCGGAAAUCUAGUUGGUCGCAACAAAGAGUUGUUUUUCAAAUUGAUCAAUACAACAUAUAUCGGUUAUAUAUAAAGGUUAUAUAUACAAAUGUAUCGAUAUGAAUGGAAGAAACAAAAUUCUAAUACGAAAAUGUCGGACUAUCGAAAUAUUGGGAUACAUAUAUUAUAUAAAAUCAGUUUCCCGCUUAUUUUUAGUAUUCGUACUUUCCGAUCGUAUACAAAAGUGUAAAUAGUCUUUAUAAUAAUUUUCUAUGCGCUGUACAUAAGUCCAUCCUUCGCCGAUUCACAAUCCCAUUCUAGUAAGAGAUCAUAUUGUACUUCGAAGGAAAUGUAAGAAAUAAAACGAUGUUGCGAAUAAAACACUACGCUGGGA